AUGCGUUGGACGCCGCGGCCGUUUGGGCGUCGUGUUCUCGCGCUUGCUCGGGAAGUCUCGAAUGAAGGCGAAGGAGGAGAUAAUCAGUUGGAGAAUAAUGGGAGUGCUCCUUUCUCUCAGUUUUAUUCUCUUCCAAGCAACAGAAAGGAUGAUUCAGAUUACCAUGAGAACACUGAAAAGGGUGCAAAUGAAACAUCAAAGAUGGACACGCCAUUUAGUUUCACAUAUGGAAGUGGAGCAGGGGGAGGCACAAGGGCUGGGCUUUUCAGAACUCCAAUAUCUGGUGGGGUGCAGAGUGCAACAUCGGCUCAUGGUUUACCUCGACCUGCCCUAGCUGUGCGCAAUCUGAUGGAGCAGAAAUUUCUAGGUGGGGUUGGUGGUAGCCAAAGUUAUGAAUCUUUUCACAAGGCUAGGUUUGCCCAUUUGUGUACAACAAUGUCUCAGAUGCACCAUCGAAGAGGGGGAUACCCCUUUGGUUCGCUAAUAGAUUUUGCUCCUGAUUCAGUGGGACAUCCCAUAUUUUCAUUUUCACCGCUGGCCAUACACACCCGAAACUUGCUAGCUGACCCAAGAUGCACACUCGUUGUGCAGAUACCUGGAUGGAGUGGCUUAUCAAAUGCAAGGGCAACAAUAUUCGGUGAUGUCUUCCCUCUUCCAGAACAGCAACAGGAAUGGGCCCAUAAGCAGUAUAUAGCCAAGCAUCAACAAGGACCCUCUCAACAAUGGGGUAACUCCUGCUACUUUAGGAUGCAGAACAUAAGUGACAUAUAUUUCAUUGGAGGCUUUGGCACUGUUGCUUGGGUUGAUGUGAAGGAAUAUGAAACUCUUCAACCUGACAAGAUUGCGGUGGAUGGUGGUGAGCAGAAUUUGAAGGAGCUUAAUGCAAUCUUUUCAAAGCCCCUAAAAGAGCUUCUGUCAGCUGAAAGUGAAGUAGAUGAUGCUGCUCUUAUAUCAAUAGACAGCAAAGGAACUGAUGUUCGAGUUCGGCAGGGUGCACAAUUUAACAUUCAAAGGUUAUCAUUUGAGGAGGGGCACGCAGUAGAAACCCUGGAGCAAGCCAAGGCUGCACUUUGGACACUAAUAGACAAAGAUCGAAUGAGUACGGGGAGAAGAGGAAACGGAGGGGGAAUGGGUUGA